AUAGUUUUUACAACAAAUCCCCAGUCCAUACCGAAAUAUUAGACUAACAAUUGUUUCGAAUGAAGUCUUUUUUAAAUUCAAAAAAUCGAGUGGGAAUAUUAUUGUUUUUAUCUAUGUUAUACAUAAUUCAUGCACAAACAUCGAGUGAACGAAUUAUAUCCGGCUCAAAGGCAGCUUUAGGACAAUUUCCUUGGCAUGUUCUUAUAAAAUUAAACGCUAAACAUCCUGUGUGGUCAGGGGGUUCUCUUAUUUCUGAAAAUUGGGUUUUAAUAGCUGCACAUUGUAUUAGUAAUGUCGGAGAACUUUUUCUGGUAUUCGGUACUAUAGACCGCGAUCAUUACGAGAAUGGUAUAAAUAUGACCUCUUCAAAAUUUUUCAUUCAUCCUGAAUAUAACAGUGCUAUUCCAAAUAAUGAUAUUGGACUCAUUAAACUACCUUCUCCAAUAAUCUUUACCAAGAACAUACAACCCAUUGCUUUGGUAACUGCGGCAGAGGCUGCAGAACAAAAGGAUUUUGUGGGCGCUAAAGCUAUAAUUACUGGAUUUGGUCAAGAAACUGAUGAUAUUGGCAGUGAAUCUAAUGUAUUAUUAUGGGCUCAAUUAGAAGUUAUCAGUAACGAUCGUUGUCUAGGAUUAUAUAAGAAUCCAGACGCUAUAGUAAAUUCAACAUUGUGUGCGAUUGGUUGGAAUGAUACCAAUAAAUCGCCUUGCAGUGGUGAUUCUGGUGGUCCAUUAAUUUGGAAGAACAAAGCUAAUAAUUUUGUACAAAUUGGUAUUGAUUCGUUUGUUGCUCGUUCGAUAGGUUGUAUGCUUAAAUUUCCUGCGGGUUUUACUAGAGUAUCUUCGUUUUUAAGUUAUAUUCGAAAUAUUACCGGUUUAAAUUAUGAAUAAUUUAAACACAGAUUAGCAAUAAUUUCUACAUAUAUCAAUUAAAAGUUUAAGAAGCAACUGU